AUGCGGAGAAUAAACCAUCAUGAGCUGAGUGAUCGGCGCAACAGCAACUGCAUCAGUCCCGUAGCCGAGUUGGACAGCAAGGUUCGCAACCCCCAGAGACGGCGGGUUCCUGUCGCAUGUGGCCGGUGCCGACGGAGAAAGAUCAAAUGCAGCGGUGACAACGGCGACGGUCAUGCCUGCUCCAACUGCCGGAGUGCUGGCAAUACGGACUGCCAGUUCUUGCGAAUGAAAGCCAAGACGUUCAAUGAGAUGCAUGAGAUGCUUGUCACUUCCAAUGAAUGGCAAUAUUCCAUAGGAUCCUCGAUUGCGCCCUCGCCCCGGCUAGGGAUAUACGCAGCUCACGCACCAGGCAAACCCACACUUCUCUCGAUGGGCUCGCCCCAGACACGGAUGGCUGGACUUGCUCAUCCGGCCGAAUACGACGCGGGCGCAGUCAACCAGCAUGGGUUCCCGCGCUUGUCAGUUGGCGCAGACCAUUCUCUUCACUACGACGACGAGCAGUCUGCCAACUACAGCGCUCACUCACAGCAGAACAUGCUGCCCAGCAAUAUAAUGGACUACGGGGCGUCAGCAUGGAGUCCCAAGGCAUGGAACUCCAUGUUCAACACCAGCAGAGGCACCACGGGCGGAUGUAUCUACCCAGAUUCCGAAACCAAUGGGUCUAUGUCUGGAUACAACUACGUGCUUCCCAGCCACGGAAACCCGGUCACAGAGAUGUCCCAGUCACCCAUGACAUCUGCCCCAUCAGCAGAGGCCCCCGGGAUAACUCUCCCCAUGCCGACAUGUCGGAGCCAGCAACUCCAGACCGGACUGAGCAGUCUCCCCGAGGGCAUCUCCAACGUGCCUCUAUCAUCAGAAUACAAGAACUCCUUCUGGAAUCCCCGGUGCGACACAUCUCUCACCCAACGAGCAACCCCCAUGCUCCCCAGCAACGACACCUCCUUCAACACGAGUGCCUCAUCCACCCGCAUCAAGACCGACACCAGUAAUGUCCCCGACCUCACCUUCGGAUACCUCCCGACGCCAACCACUACCGACAACAUCACUCCCUCUCUCUCGUCAGGCACACCCUCUUUGCCAUCCUCCGCGAGCAGCAGCCACUGCCCCUAUCCAGGCCUGGAGCAGAUUGACUCCUCGUCUUCCUCACCAACAGACACCCGCAUGACACGCAGUUUCUCUCGCGAACAGACAAGCAACAACAACAGCAGUGGCCAACAGCGCCACUUGGCUCUGAACACAGACUGCAACCUGGGGAUUUACGGGUAUGCCAGCAGCGAACGGAGUAAAAGGAACAGCACCGACGCUGGUGAUACUCGUUGCUCAGCUCCGACGCUGUUAAAUGGUCUGCCCUACAACCGAGUCCGGCACGCUGAUCCGCCCAGCGCGGCGUUUUCGUUCAACCUCCUGCCCACGGAUUCGCUGGCGGAGUAUCCCCGUCCAGUGGCUGUGAGUAUGCAUCGACCUUCUGUUUCUCCUUUGGGGAAUCAGGGUUAUUGA